CAAAGGCAUUUCUUGCAAGAGAGAGAGAGAGAGAGAGAGAGAGAAAAUUAGGGUUAGGGUUGCAGAGGAUCUGUAUUCGUCUGUGUCCCUGAUCUCUUAAUCUUCUCGAUCUCUUAACUUUUCGCAAACCAAUGGGGCUUCAAUCUUUUCCGAUCUCUGAAAUGGACGCGACCGACGAUAUGCACGAAGCGAUGUUCGCGAAGAGAGGAUGUUGGUUCCUCCCAUGUCUCGGAUCAUCUCAGCCGUCUAGUCACGGAGGAUCUGUAUGGUGGCAACGAAUCCGAACCGUCGAUAAAUUAGAGCCCGACGAGCGUUGGUGGAUCUCCGGGUGGAAUAAGAUGAGGGAGUGGUCGGAAAUCAUGGCUGGGCCCAAGUGGAAAACUUUCAUCCGCCGCGUUGGCCGCAAUAAUCACUUCUGCGGUUGCGGAGAUGUCGGUUGUAACCGGCCGGAUCAGGUUGAUUUCCGGUACGAUUCGUGGAGUUACUCGUUGAAUUUCGACGACGGUAAACAGACGGGUCGUUUCGAGGACGAGUUUCCUUACCGUGAUUACUCCAUGAGGUUCACCGCGCCGUCUCUUCCUGUCUCCACCAAAUGCUCUCUUGAUUUUGACAACGAUAACUACGCGCCGCCGUUGAUUAAGUGAAAGCCACGCGCUUCUCUGUUUUUCGUGGGCUGGCUUGUAACGUGCGUUGCACCUGUGAAAGGCGAGACAUUUUAUUUUUAGAAGAAAGAUUGGAUUUUUUUUUUCUUUUUUU